AGUCAGAGAGGCAGCAGUAAACCAUCAGAGCCUCAACAUGAAAGUCCGUCACACUUUGAUCUGCUUCUUCUUCCUCUCUCUGCAGGAUGGAAACACUGGUCUCACCAAUGCCCAGAUCCCAUCUGUCCAUACAGGAACUGAAGGAGGAGAUAUCAGAGUUAGAUGCUCCUUUUCUUCACCUGGAGUCAGGAAGUUCUUCUGCAAGAGAGAAUGUAAACCAGAGGACAUCCUCACUGAAACAACUGGUGUCAGAAAUCAGAGCGGCAGAUACCGCAUCUCAAAUGAAAGAAGACGAUUUUUCUUUGUGCGCAUCACACAGCUGAUCAAGUCUGACUCAGGACGGUACAGGUGUGGUCUGGGGAGACCUUCAUCACCAGAUUCCUACCUGGAGUUUAAGAUCAUUGUCACAGAUGCUCACGUAGUUCCCACUUCAAAACCAAAAUUGACUCUACCGGUCUUUUCAACAUCAGACCCAUCAGCCUCCACACCAACACAGAUUUCUCAGACUGACCAGCAGCAGACUGGGACAGCAUCACCUCGAGGUACAUCCACACUGUUUGAUAGAUAG